AUGACAUUUCGCGGCGGCCAGUCAUUCGCGGGAGAUCACGCACAUGCUCCGUCAAACAAGGCCUCGAAGGCGGUAGCUGCUGCUUUGGAUUCGAAAGACAUCUUCUCAUCAACCUCUAUUCGAGACGAGAUGUUGCUUGCAGCGCCGCUGUCUCGCUACGUCGGGUCAUUGCGAUCUCUCCGACAAAAAUGGCAGAGUCAUUCCGAGUCUCAGCGAGCAGCGGGCGUCCAGGUUCCCUUGACUGAGCGACUGAUCGACGUAUUUGUACGAACAUGGGAUCUGGGCUUCAUUGCAUUCGGAGGUCCUCCCGUGCAUUUCCAGAUUCUGCAUCGAAGGUUUGUGGAAGGAAAUGGUGGAAAAGAGAAAUGGGUUGACGAGCAGACGUAUCAAGAAUUGUUCGCCAUUUGUCAAGGCCUACCGGGACCGGGCAGCACAAAGAUGCUGUUUUGCCUCGUCUUGCUUCAUGCCGGAUUCAUUUCUGCCGUCAUGGCAUUCUUCAUCUGGUGUCUUCCGGGUGCCGUCGGCAUGUAUGCCAUCGCUGUUGGGGUCCAAAAUCUGAGCUCGACGUUACCUCUCCCCGUGUACGCUCUUCUCUCGGGUCUGAAUGCCGCUACCGUCGGCAUCGUCGCCGUCUCGGCGAUACAACUGGCAGAAAAAGCCAUUAAGGAUAAGAUCUCGCGCAUCCUCAUCAUUUUCGGCGCCUGUGCUGGUCUCUGCUACAACACCUUGUGGUAUUUUCCCACUUUGAUGGUGAUCGGGGGUCUCACCAUGGCCCUCUGGGAGGGCUGGCUGUACUCUCAAGUUCAGAGAGCGCGAAGAGCUUGGCGAAACCGGCAUCGACAUCCAGUCGAUUCCGAAGUAGCGACAUCCAAUGACCUCGAAAUGGAACACGCUGCGCCAGCCACAACCGAGAGGAAUGUGGAACAACCGAGAUCGAGAAAGCCCGUGCAAGCCGCUGGCCCAUCAGGGCCUACAGAGACAGCUCUGCGAUCAUCCAGGUCCGUUGACACCGAAGUCAACACACCGCAGUACCAUCGAAUUCCCUCGUUCAUUGCUAUUCUUGUCGCCAGGGGGAAAUUGUCACCACCUCCACUGGCACUCGAUCUUUUUGCGAGCAUGUACCUCGCCGGAACGGUCAUCUUCGGCGGAGGCCCUGUCGUUAUCCCCCUUCUUCGCUCCUAUGUCGUCGGUCCAGGGUGGGUCUCGAGUCGAGACUUUUUGAUCGGUCUCGCCAUCAUCCAGGCCUUUCCGGGGCCCAACUUCAACUUUGCAGUGUUUUUGGGGGCGCUGGCCCUCCAGCACUCUCAGUACUCGACUGUAUUUGGUGCCUUUCUCGGUGGAGUAGGAAUCUUCUCCCCGGGCAUCACACUCGCAGUUGCCAUUCAAAGUUUCUGGCAUGUUCUGCGCAAGCGCAGAUCCGUGAUUCGUUUCCUGCGAGGUGUCAAUGCGACCGCCAUUGGCCUGGUCUUUACGGCGGUCUAUCGACUCUGGCAGAUUGGCUAUUUGACUCCGGAUCAUAGUGCAGGUCAGAGUCUUGCCAAUGAUCCCUGGUGGUUGGUCGUUACUACUAUCUCUUAUGCUGGAAAUGCAUGGUUCGGGGUUCCCCCUCCUCUCUCUAUUGUGAUUGGAGCAGUCUUGGGUCUGUGUUGGUAUGGAGCGGUUGGUCGUUGA